GCCCAAAUAAUUGGAAAAAAAGAACCACAAAGACAAUAGCAAACAAAGGGUAAUGUAAUGCGGCGAGGUGAGAGGAAGAGCAGAAGAAGCAAAUAGAUUAGAUUAGAGAAUUAGAAAGAAAGAAAAAAGAGAAAAUAGAAAAAUAGAGAAAUUCAGGAAUAAGCGAUGAAAAAUUUCUCUAUAUAAAGAGAUAUCCACAUACAACACAAUCUCUUUCUUCGUCUGUGCUUCGGUAACUGCAGAGAGAAAGAAAGAACAAACGAAGAAAAGGGAAGAAGGAGAAGAAGCGGUGAAGCGUAGAACGAAGAAACACGCGGAAGGAGGAAUCGGCGGUGCUCCACCGGCGAUCGCUCAUCGUCGCCGGCGAACUUCAGAUCGCUGCUCUUGCUUCUCCGAAGUUUGUGCCUUGCGGUUUUUUUCAGAGGCAUUUGUUGUUGGAAUCUUGUAGUACGGGUUUUUUUGGCUCACUGGUGGAAAAUUGUUAUAGAUGGGCUGAGGUGUGCUUUUCAUGGGAGGUGUGGAGGAUGAAGCACCAGCUCUGAAACGCAUGAAAUUAUCCUCUAAAGGAUUAGUUGGUCUCUCGAACGGUUCGUCCGGGGAGCCUGUUGGAGGCUCUUCUAGUGACUUGAUGGCUCGGCCCCUGUCAUCUGAAGGGGACGGCGAAGUUAUUGGUUCCAAAGGGGUUAUAAAACGGGAGGAAUUUGUUAGGAUAAUCACGAAGGCAUUGUAUUCGCUUGGUUACAAGAAGAGUGGGGUACGCCUAGAGGAGGAGUCUGGCAUACCUUUGCACUCGUCCGUGGUGAAUCUGUUUAUGCAGCAAAUACUUGAUGGGCAUUGGGAUGAGAGCAUAGUCACAUUGAAUAAAAUUGGUCUAGCAGAUGAAAAUGUUGUCCAGGCAGCUUCGUUUUUGAUAUUGGAGCAGAAGUUUUUUGAGCUUCUGGAUGGGGAAAAGGUCAUGGAUGCAUUGAAGACAUUGAGGACUGAGAUUACACCACUUUGUUCUGAUAGUAGUAGAAUUCGUGAACUUUCUUCCCGGAUGCUUUCUCCAUGUGGCCAGGUUGGUUCUUCUAAGCGAGAUAUUGUACUGGUGAGGUCUCGGUCAAAACUACUUGAGGAAUUGCAAAAACUGCUUCCCCCAACAGUAUUGAUACCUGAAAAGAGAUUGGAACAUCUAGUUGAACAGGCCCUUGUCUUGCAACGUGAGGCUUGCCUGUUUCACAACUCAUUGGAUAAAGAGAUGUCAUUAUAUUCAGAUCAUCACUGUGGAAAAACUCAGAUACCUUCUAGGACAUCACAGAUAUUAGAAGCACACGAUGAUGAAGUUUGGUAUGUACAAUUUUCGCAUAAUGGGAAAUAUUUAGCUUCAGCAUCAAAUGAUCGAUCUGCAAUCAUUUGGGAGGUUGACAUGAAUGGUGAACUGUCUAUCAAGCAUAAAUUGUCUGGUCACCAGAAAUCUGUUUCUUCUGUUUCAUGGAGUCCUAAUGACCAAGAGCUCCUCACAUGUGGUGUGGAGGAGGCUGUUAGGCGUUGGGAUGUCUCCACCGGUACGUGCCUGCAAGUUUAUGAAAAAAAUGGUCCUGGCCUCAUCUCCUGUGCAUGGUUUCCAAGUGGGAAAUAUAUACUUUCUGGCCUUAGUGACAAGAGCAUUUGCAUGUGGGAUUUAGAUGGGAAAGAAGUGGAAUCUUGGAAAGGACAAAGAACCCUAAAGAUUUCUGAUUUGGAAAUAACAGGUGAUGGGGAACACAUGCUGAGUAUUUGUAAAGACAAUGCAAUACUGUACUUCAACAAAGAAACGGGGGAUGAGAGAUAUAUUGAUGAGGACCAGACAAUAACUUCCUUCUCUUUGUCAAAGGAUAGCAGACUCUUGUUGGUUAAUCUUUUGAACCAAGAAAUACAUCUUUGGAAUAUAGAAGGUGAUCCUAAACUUGUCGGAAAGUACAGAAGUCACAAACGCACCCGGUUCGUUAUCAGAUCUUGCCUUGGUGGUCUUAAGCAAUCUUUUAUUGCUAGUGGUAGUGAGGAUUCUCAGGUUUACAUAUGGCACAGAAGCUCAGGGGAUUUAGUAGAGGCAUUGCCUGGUCAUUCUGGAGCAGUUAACUGUGUGAGCUGGAAUCCAGCUAACCCACACAUGUUAGCUUCCGCCAGUGAUGACCGGACAAUUCGGAUAUGGGGCCUAAAGCGCCUGAAUGUAAAGUACCCUAAUGUACGCACCAAUGGCGUCCAUUACUGCAAUGGGGGAGAACUUAGAUGAACCUACGCAAACUGUUUCCAAUUCCAUUUCUUUUUUUUAACAUUGCAAUUGUACGUGUAAAUACCUUCAAUAUCACAAGUAGACGACAUUCAUACCAAAACAUGCAUGUGACUUUUCAUCAAUUUCAAAAUAAAUUCUUGUUUCAUUUUAA